GGGGAGAGAGAAAGAAUGGAGCUGCACUGGAGCACUAAACACUAUGGUGCCUCCAUUGAACAGCCUGACAGGCAAGGAAGCUAGCGAAGGUCAGGACAGAAGGACACCAAAGGGGCGCAUUGACCCGCAGCGUCACGUUCACUGUCAUAGGAGAAACAUGGCAAACAGAUAUUAAAUGAGCUGUCACAGCAGCUGAUAGCAUUUGUUUCUGACUUCACUGUUCUGCACUGAGCACAAUACAUUCUCUCUGUUUCCUGACAAACUGAGACAAGGGGGACAAGUCAUCACGAGGACUAACGGGACAAACUGAAGUUCGUUUCUCAGGGAUGUCCAGUGCGCGGCUGCUGAAACCUUCACCAGAGGAGUCUGUGUUUGGUGCCCAACUUUCCCACAGGAUGGCAUCCACUGUGUCCGCUGUACCCCGUGGCGUCUUUGGACCCUCACCUCCCCCUCCAGCCGUCUGGCCUCCUCUGGACUUCGCCUUGGGUGCUCUUUCCUGUUGCGCCGCCUGUGUGUUCACAAAUCCCCUGGAGGUAGUAAAGACCCGGCUGCAGCUCCAGGGAGAGCUGCGUGCACGGGGAUCCUACCAGAGACACUACCGCGGAGUCCUGCAGGCCCUCUGGGUGGUGGGACGCACGGAUGGGCUCCGGGGCCUGCAGAAGGGGCUCUCAGUCGGGCUGAUCUACCAGGGUGUGAUGAACGGUGUGAGGCUGGGAUCCUACUCGUACUGUGAAGCUCUGGGUUUCACCUCGUACCACGGGGGUAGUCUGCUGUCAGGGGCAGGGGCCGGGGCGCUGGGUGCCUUCAUCGCCUCUCCUGCCUACCUGGUGAAGACUCAUCUGCAGGCUCAAACUGUGGAAACCAUAGCAGUGGGCCACCAGCAUAACCACCUGGGAGUGUCUGAUGCCUUUGUUACCAUCUAUAGACGAGAGGGUUUAAUUGGCCUUUGGAGGGGCGUGAACGGGGCCGUGCCCCGCGUCAUGGUUGGAUCAGCUGCUCAGCUGGCAACCUUCACCUCGGCCAAGGACUGGGUGUCACAUUCCCAGUGGUUUAGUCCAAACAGCUGGCUCACGGCGUUGAUAGCUGCCAUGAUGAGCGGAGUCGCCGUGGCAGUCACCAUGACACCGUUUGACGUCAUCAGUACACGUCUCUACAACCAGCCGGUGGAUGAGUCUCAUCGGGGGCGUCUGUACCAUGGAUUUUCAGACUGUAUGCUGAAGGUGUGCCAAGCUGAGGGCCUGCUGGGGUUUUAUAAAGGCAUGGGUCCCGUCUUCCUGCGUUUGGCCCCACACACAGUGCUCAGCAUGCUGUUCUGGGAUCUGAUGAGACAACAGACGGUGAAGGACAACCGGAGUCAGGGAAGGGGCUAAAACGUCCCAAAAGCCUGUGUGUGAUUGACUGAACUGAAGCGGUCCAUCUAUUAAUUAAACACUGCAUUAAAAGCAAAAUUUCAGUGUUUUGGUAAAUGAUAAUUCACUUUAUUGCUGAGAGUUAGAUGAGAAGAUUGAUGGCACUCUCAUGCCUGUACGGUAAAUAUGAAGCUACAGCCAGCAGCUGGUUAGCUUAGCUUAGCAUAAAGACUGGAAAUAGGGGGAAACUGCUAGCCUGGCCUUGUUGAGGUGUAACACAAUCUACCUACCAACACAUCUAAAGCUCACUGAUUAACACUUUUUAUCUGAUUGGUUAAGUGUUAAAAUGUUAAGCGGGUUUUGUUACCAUUUGAUAGAGCCGGGCUAGCUGUUUCCCUGUUUCCACUCUUUGUGCUAGGCUAAGCUAACAGCUGCUGGCUGUAGCUUUACAUUUAAUGUACAGACAUACAGAGUGACAUUGAGCUUCUCAUCAACGUCUCAGCCAGAAAGUGAGUUAAGCGCAUUUCCCAAGAUGUCGAACUAUUCCUUUAAGUGAGACUGAAGCAAGGAAGAUGGAUGAGCAUUUGAGAACUUGAUAAAGACGGACACAUGUUGCACAGUGUCUAACAUUUCCUGAGUUCCUGUCACAUUUCUCAGAUUUUGGAAAUUGCUGAUGAGCUAUCAUGUUUUUACCUUAAUACCUCAAAUGGUGAAUUUACAAGCAAUGUCGCUGGUUUUCACAUGUCCACUCGCAUCAAAGCUGAAAUGAAAGAAGUGAGACCCAUGUGGCUUGCAAGCACAUCAGUGGAGUGCCGAUGACCUGAAGAACGGGUCUGGAUAUUUAAGAUAUAAGCUCUGUAUUCCAUGUUUGGAAUUUGUUGCAGUUAAUAUUUCACUCCAGUGGCCUUGUCUGUUAUAUGUAAAGAAAGACAUCAGAGACAGACAUCAGACGGCAAUGUUGUUGUUUCCUGACCCACUCAUACCCAAAGCCAAGACUGCCAUUUGAUUUGAGCUUUUUAUUUACGGGUAUGUCAAGCCUUUGAA